AUGGACCACCUUAAUGUUAAACAACCUGUUAGAUAUGGCAGGAAGCGUGGUCUUUCGAUUAAUAGCGUUACCGACGCUCAAAAGCAUGCUAUGAACAGUUCUUUAGACAAUCUACAGAAUGAUUUAAACCAUGUGGACUCACAAUGGAAUAGGAUUCUUAGCGAUGAUUCUAAUCCUUUGGAACUGGCAUUAGCGUUUCUUGAUGAUACCUCUGUGGGCCUAGGACAUAAGUAUAAACAUUUCAAGCAAUUGAAAACAAAGAUUGGUUAUGAUUUGCAAGAAGCUGUUAAUGAACAUUUCCAGGCAUUGAACAGUAAUGUAGCAUCUUACAGUGUCGCAGUAGAUUGUAUUACAGAAGCGCAGGAUAGUAUUUUGCAAGUAAAGAGUCAAGUCAGCGAAUCAGGUCAAAAGAUUACUAUGAAGAAGGACUCAUUAAGAGAUUUUAAUGACAAUGCUAUGAAACGUAACCAAGUUAUUGAAGUUCUCUCCUCUUUGGAGAAUUUGUCGCAAAUACCGGAUAAAAUUGAGGAACACAUCAGAAGAGGUGAAUACAGAGAGGCACAGAGGAUGUUGGCUCGUGGGUUCGUUACAGGGAACACGCACGAUCUUUGGUCAAUGAAAUCGUUAGCUUUUGUCAGGCAGCAAUUGGAAUCUCAGGAACAUGUCCUUUUCACAACAAUUUUAGAGGAAUUACACAACAUUAUCUAUUCCAGGGAUGGGUUGGUUUUAUCAGAUCGAAAUAUUCUGGAAAAUAUUGGAAUUUCUCAAGAGGGGUUCACAAAUUUGGAAAAUUACUUGUAUGCUGUGGUCAAUGUGGAUGUUAUGAAUGCUUCUAAGACCGUCAAUAGCAGGCUGCAGCGCUUCCUAGAUGCCAUUAACAAUUUAGAUGAAUUUCAAGAGGAUUUUCUUUCAGGUUCAGGAAGCGACAAGGAAUUUGGUCGUAUCUAUUCUCUAUUGUCGAUCCUUAAUGAUAUUAAUAAACUACCAAGUGCUCUUAACAUUUUGGUUAGUCGGUCUAAAGAGGAAUUUCACAGCAUUAUUCUCAAGAGUACAGAAGAAGUUCGUGUCAAUCACCCUUCAUUGCUGAGAAUUACCGAAAGUGUUACGACAAAAAACGAAUUUGGGAUCUCUGUGAAUGACGUCUUGUCAGUUAUUAUCAGGAAGUGUUUCUGGAAAAUUUUCAUUAAAUUGUUAUUAGCCGCUCAAGGACAUAGAGUCGUCUUUGAGACUGUGAAAUCUUUCCAGUUUUCGGCAUCUGCGACUUCCUUGUGCAGGUUUGACGAAAUAUGGACCAAGCUCUUGGAUGAAAUUCAAGUUCUCCUUUCAAGAUAUCUCAACAAUCCUGAGGUUUUAUCUUCGAAUAACUCUCGCAUUGGGGAUUCUGCAGUUUCCACACUACCUCAAAGAAAAGAUGAACAAUUGUUCUCUUUACAAAAGAAUAUUGAGGACAGUUCGGCCGCCAAAGAGCAUGCUAAUGAGCUGAAAGGUCUGCUGCAAGCAAUCUUCCCUGGUAUAAACCUGUUAUCAAAUGCUGAAUUGGAAUCAGUUUAUGUGGAAGAGGAAUCCUACGAACAAGAGGAAGCAUUGGUACCAGCAUCUAUUUUCAAUAUUAAAAUCAUUUUGGAACCACUCUUGGUUUUCUGUCAGGCUUCAUCUGAUCUUAUACCGGAGGGACAGAAAAAAGAGGUUAUUCCUUCGUUAGAUUUCUUUAUGAAGUAUAUGAACACCAGUUUCUUUCCUCGACUACAAAUGACGAUUUUGCAUUUAUUUGUCAGUAAAGUCGAGUCUAAUAAUCCUUAUGCACUGGAAAAUUUGGAAGAGAACAGAUGUAUAUUCAAGGCGGCUUCGGAUUUUAAAAACUUAUAUUACAAGCUGCUUUAUGUCAUGAACACCACUUACACUUUUAGAAGUAACAUCACCAAAGUGAUGUUAGAUUGUCUAGAAAGGUUCUUUUCUUAUUACUACAAGCUUUUCACUAAUCUCUUUGGAACAGGUGAAAAUAAUUUAGCGAAGAGGAUCAUCACCGUGUGGCUCAUGGACCGCAAUAUGAUGGGUAUAGAGAGUAAGAUUUUAGCAGGUGAAGAAUUCCUCAAACACGAUGAGUCAAAAGCUCUUUUCAAAGCAUGUCCACAAUUUUUCCGUAAAGGUAAGGGUUUGAAUAAAGCUGAUAUUCUAAAUUCCGUUACUUUUGAUGCAGUGACUCAUUUCUUAAGCACGGUAAGCUGGGUAUUGAGCUGGCUGCCUGGUUUAAGGAAACCUGUUGAUUCAGAUGAAAGAAGCUCUCAGAUAAUAAAUGCGGAGGAAUUGAGAACCCAUUGGUCGUUCUUUGAAUCCAGUGAUCUUUCAAACAUCGAAAGGUUAAGUACCUUGAAAUUAUCACUGGAUGUGGAAUCACAAAAGAGAUUUGAUGCUUUAGUUGGCGGGUUCCAAACUCUGAGGACUAAUUUACUCUCUGCUGUAAGGUUUGACCUGAGAGCCAGAUGUAUUUUUCACAUUGGUACCUUGUUUCAAGAGACCACUGACUGGAAUUUCGACGUUGUUAGUAUUGAACUUGAUGAGCACAUUGCGUCUCUGAUAUCUGAUUUGAAAAUGACAGAGAACAAAAUUAAACAGCAAGUGGGUGAGACGGAGAAAGAUCGUAUAUUCACAGGUAUAGAUGAAGUGAACAACUAUGCCUUCGUUGCUGCGGCCCAAUCGAUAACUGUUUUAAACGAAAAUGGUAUCAAGAAGCUCUCCAGAAACAUGAGUGUGCUACAACACACUUGCAGGAACUUGUUGUCAGAUCCUUCUAAAGUGGAUAUGAGUAAAGCAUUAAACUUCUAUGCACUGUGUGGAUCCAACGAUUCUACUUUGUUCCGUCUGCUGGAAAGCAAGGAGCUCUCUUACCCUCUGGAAAAUUUGAAAACCAUCCUAAGGUUACAAUUUAGUGAAAACCUUAAUAGACAGAUGAAGAUGAACGGCUCCGGCUCCAAAAGUGUCAAUACCAUGCCUGCCACUAAACGUUAUAACGAAGCCGUCAGGAAACUUGAUGAAAUGCAAGCAGCUUCCCAGACAUUUGAUUAA